CUGCUUGCCUGCAACUCCACCAGAGCUCACAUCCUCACUCCCAUCAUCCAUUGACUUGCUCUCUCCUUCAGCCUUCCCACUCUCGACUACUCAGCAGGCAAUUCGACUUCUCGCCCACGAAUUCAACUCGCCAUAUCCACUUGGAUACUUCUAUUCACGAACUCGGCCUCUUCAUAUACCAGGAAAUCUUCCGCCCUUGUCUAGCCUAGCUAUCACCACUACACACAAACCGCCAAGAUGUUUAUGGCAAGAUCUGAAUACGACCGAGGCAUCAACACCUUCUCCCCCGAAGGUCGUCUCUUCCAGGUCGAAUACUCUCUCGAGGCCAUCAAGCUCGGCUCCACGGCCAUCGGCGUAGCCACAUCCGAGGGUGUUAUCCUCGGCGUCGAGAAGCGCGUCACCUCGACCCUCCUCGAGACCUCCUCCGUCGAGAAGAUCGUCGAGAUCGACCGCCACAUCGGCUGCGCCAUGUCAGGUCUCCAGGCCGAUGCCCGCUCCAUGGUCGAGCACGCCCGUGUCGAGAGCCAGUCCCACGCCUUCAACUACAACGAGCCCCUCCGUGUCGAGAGCUGCACCCAGGCCAUCUGCGAUCUUGCCCUGCGCUUCGGUGAGGGUGCUGAUGGUGAGGAGACUAUCAUGAGUCGUCCCUUUGGUGUGGCUCUGCUCAUUGCUGGCUUUGAUGAGGAUGGUCCUCAACUGUUCCACGCCGAGCCCAGUGGUACCUUUUACCGCUACGAUGCCAAGGCUAUUGGCUCUGGUUCCGAAGGCGCUCAGGCUGAGCUACAGAACGAAUACCACAAGUCUUUGACGCUCACAGACGCAGAGACCCUUGUUCUAAAGACAUUGAAGCAGGUCAUGGAGGAGAAGCUUGAUGCCAAGAACGUGCAGUUGGCCAGCGUAACCAAGGAGAAGGGCUUCAGAAUAUACACAGAUGAGGAGAUGGCCACAGUCGUGGAGCGACUGCCAGCCAACUAAGGAUGUUACUCAUGAAUCAAGAGAAAUUACGAAUAGACACAAGAGAAACCCACUUUCGGGUUAGUGACGAGCACACAAACCACCACAACCUAGCUCAUCAGGCGAUGUUUUCACAGAGGUUUUGACGGAAACAUCGAGGGCCUCACAAGAAGAGGGCCAGAAUUAUGUAUCAUUAAUGUAGUAGGGGCACUCGCCAACUGCGGUUCCGCCAGACUUCCAACGUUGCUUCAGGUUGAACGAAUUUCGUGAAUAUUGCUUCCAUCCCUUUUUUCCGAUUUUCCAGAUCGCUAAACGAUACCUGAACUUGAUCUUCAAGGCACUAAUCAAGGAGCAGAGCAUACGCUGCAUUAUAAAAAAGUCCCAGAAACUUGAUAUCCAUAUUAUAUAACAAGCCAGUUCAUGCUAUACAUUGCUUCAAUUGUCAUCCUUAAGAUCAAGAAAUUCGAGAUCUCGCUCAACACUGAGUAGGCCCAACGCAAGCGAAGCCCGUUCUGCCUUGGGUAUUUGGAUACGACGAACUUCGCCUGUCUCGACUUCGUGUAUGAAUCGAUCGAUUUGUCGUGGGUUCUGCCACCUUGCGACAGGCACUGGUUCGGUCUCCGGGGCACGCUGGUACGGAGGACCACGACCAAGCUGCGCGGCCUUGAUCCAAGAGGAUUCGCAUCCAGUGGCAAUACGUUCUGCUGAUUGCCAUCCUGUCAAUCGAGUGAUGUCCCGUAAGUGACGUAUCACCCAAUGCCGCUGUUUCUCAUCUUGAUACUAUGAAGGUGUUAGUGAGCUGCCUUGUCAAGGGUCUGUAGCUGGCAAACAUACCUCAAUCGCUGCUACGAAAAGGC